AUGGGGUUUUCAAAAUUAUUAUCUAGUGUUAAGUGGACAAGGCACAAAAUUGUUUUUAUCAGUAGAAUAGGUACAAGAGCAUGCAGCAAGGUUUGCGCCAAAGACAGCGGUGAAAAGGGCGCGGGCGGAGACGCGGGCGCGGCGGCGGCGGCGGGCGCGGACGCGGCCAGCGGGCAGGUAAGGGGCCGCGGGGGCGGCGGCGGGGGGCGCGGACGCGGCCAGCGGGCAGGGGCCGCGGGGGCGGCGGCGGGGGGCGCGGACGCGGCCAGCGGGCAGGUGAGGGGCCGCGGGGGCGGCGGCGGGGGGCGCGGGGCGCGCCUCCUGACACGCGGGUCUGUGCAGGGCGUCGUGCUCGGCGUGUACGAGACGAAGGCCGGCUUCGAGCUGACGCCGGCGGCGCGCGAGUACGACCAGCGCGGGGGCGGCAAGAUCUCGCGCGCGCUCAACGAGGCGGCGGGCCGGCUGCGGGCGGGCGGCGCGCUGCUGGUGACGGAGCCGGCGCCGGGCUGCAGCGCGGCGGCGCUGGCGGGGCUGGGCGCGCGCGGGCCGCGCUUCGACACGCUGGAGCAGCUGGACGUGGCGCGCGAGCGCGUGCGGGCCGCCGCGGGCGCGGGCGUGGCGGCGCUGGCGGCGCGGGGCGCGGCGGCCGUGGCCGUGGACGGCUGCGGCGCGCCCGACGCGGCCGCCGAGGGCGCGGCGCUGGCCGCCUGGAGGUUCCAGGAGUUCAAGAGCUGCGCGUCGCGCGAGCCGGAGACGCGCGUGUCGCUGCUGGAGGGCGGCGCCGAGGGUGGCGAAGGCGGCCAGGGCGCGGCGCUGUGGCACGAGGGCACCGUGCGAGCGCGGGCGCAGAACUGGGCGCGGUUCCUGUCCGACAUGCCGGCCAACAAGAUGACGCCCGUGGACCUGGCGCAGGCGGCCCUGGACGCGCUGUGCCCGCUGGGCGUGCGCGCCGACGCACACGACCGCGCCUGGAUGCAGACGCAGAACAUGCAGGCCAUCCUGACGGUGGCGCGCGGCUCGUGCGAGGAGCCCGUGUUCCUGGAGGCCACGUACGACGGGCCGGGCGCCGGCAACACGCCGCCCGUGUUGCUCGUGGCCAAGGGCGUCACGUUCGACAGCGGCGGCAUGUGCCUCAAGCGGCCCGCCGGCAUGGAGGAGAACCGCGGCAGCAUGGCGGGGGCCGCCGUCGCCAUCGCCGCCUUGCGCGCGCUCGCCGAGCUCAAGGUGGGCGUGCGGCUGCGGCUGGCGGUGCCGCUGUGCGAGAACAUGAUCAGCGGGCAGUGCAUGAAGGUCGGCGACGUGGUGCGCGCGCUCAACGGACUGUCCAUACAGAUCGAGGACACGGAUAUGGAGGGCCGGCUGCUGAUGGCGGACGCAUUGGUAUACGGGCAGGCGCUGCACAAGCCGGCGCUCGUGGUGGACGUGGCGACACUGACGCACGGCGUGCUGCUGGCUACGGGCGGUGGCGCCUUCGGCUGCUUCAGCAACUCGGAGGAGCUGUGGCGCGCCGUCCGGGCCGCGGGCGCCCACGCCGGGGACCGGCCCUGGAGGUUCCCGCUGUGGCGUUACUACCAAGACCAACUCACCAACGACGUGUCGGUGGACCUGCGCAACAAGGGCUCCAGCAAGGCCACUCCCUGCGUCGGCGCUGCUUUCUUACGGAAUUUCGUGUGCGGCGACUGGGUGCACAUGGACAUCGCGGGCGUGGGCAAGCUGAGCCACGCGCCGGCGCCGCCCUACCUGGACACGCGGCGCAUGACGGGCCGGCCCACACGCACGCUGGUGCACUUCCUGCAGGGGCUGGCCGCGCCGCCCUCGGCCGGCGCCGGCUCGCGCUCCAAGCCCUGUGGCCCCGCAACUACGUAGCCGGGGCCCGCGUUUACUCAUUUCAUAUCAAUACGUGUAUGUUUCUAGUGACUGACAAAUAAAUCUGUGAUCGUUC